AUGGCGACAACGGCAGGCGACGCUACGCUGGCGCCGCACGAGGAGCCAGCGACGAAGACGCCGAGUUCGGGUGCGCGCAAUGCGGACACGACGAAGAAGAGGCUCUUGCCGAUGGAGCUGCGGAAACAACGUCGGGCGGCAAAGCUGCAAGUCAUAGACGAGCAAAAGACGCGGAUGCAUGUGGACUCACUUCAGACUGCAACACGAUCUACGAAUGACAGCUUGACGCCAGCAAAGAAAGCGCGAGCAGAAGCAGAAAGUGGCUCGGACGUGCACGUCGAUAGUGCAACGUCGAUAGCAGCGGCGUCUGUGGAGUUGCCGUCGGCGGCAGCAAAUACGUCGUGUCGGUCGACUUGUGCAGAGAAGAAGGCGUCGCGUUUAGAUUCGCUGUAUGCGUCUUCGUUCGUGGGAAGAAAGAGUCGACAGCUUCGUCCUGGCGCGAGUGUCCCGCACUUCUUCCAUCAGGUUGCCGAUUUGCCGCGAGACGUCGUGCCGAAAACGAAAGUGUCCAUUCUUACUGCGUUCCCUUAUCCAUUUGCCCGCGUCAAUUCGCAGCUCAAGAAACGAGCACUGGAACGAUUUGUCACCGGCCGUGCAAACAGUGCCGCGCCAUCUGCUUCUCAUCCCAGCAACGUCAUGCGAUGGCAGCAGGCACUGCAUUACUUCGCACAUCCUGCAGAUGCAUUGCCGACGUAUAUGCUCCUUCGCCGUGCCAGUGGUGCGAGCUCACCUGAUCUAUUACCACGAGGGCUCAACGGCAAGCGCCAACAAGAAGAGACGACCUUCUUUGCCGCGCGUUGGAACACAUGGCAGGAAGCAUUCCGUGACGUUUACAUGAACUUCCGGCGGCAGGAACGCCGUGCGUCUCACGACUGCUCAUUCUAUCUCCGCUCGAGCGACUUUGUGGUUUAUUUCCAGCACGAGCGCAGCAGGGAGGGAGCAACGAAUGGUGACGAGGGUACACCGUCGAUCAUUAGCUUGUGCCGGCAGCAUGGCGCGGAAGACGUAUCCAUCGGGAACGAGGCAGGAACACAGCGCACCAAGAAGAACCUCUGCGCAGUCAUGUCUCGGUCAAGUGGCAGACUUCGCAAGGUCUUGCACCAUCUGAACGUUGCGUAUACCAUGCCAUACGCCAAUGCGACCGAGACGCAGCGCGAGGUGGGCGAGUUUCACAUGUUGGCCGAAGAGCACGCAGCAAAUUGCUCCCGCAGCACACGAGACAGUGAAGACACGACUGUUGCGCCCAUAACUCGCGCGACAGCUGUCGAGACAGUGCGUGGUGCCGACUCACUCCUGCUUUUCCACGGACACGAUGCUGUCCACGGACUCUACGAGUUCCUCAUCAACCAAGCGCCCAUGCCAAGCCAAGACGUCCCGGAGCUGUACGCGUUGCACCCGUUUGUCCACGCAUCGAUCCAGAGCUUGCAGGUGACAUCGUAUGGUCCAGUUGGCCGCGCAUCGAACAGCUCGUCGUCUUGCAAAGACCAGUCGUCAAGCCCGUCGACACUCUUCCGGACUGAGGUGUCAGGCUUCUGCUUCCCGUCGAGCAUUGCACAGCUGCUCACUGUGCUGAAAGACGAGUGGGAAGCAACGCAGCCGCUUUGCGACCCGGUGGUAUCACACGCGGACGCAGGGCCCGAGCGUGGAACGUCAGCAGCGAUGCAAAUUGCGCUGCGCACGUACAUGGAGGCGGUCGGGGGCACCGAGCGACUGAACGCUGUCCAGCUGACACGAGAGCAGGUGGCAACAACGCACGACCGACAACAACACGGGCGUGAACAGCAGCAACGCGAGCUCGAGUUUUCCAAGCGGCGCCUCGAGGCAGUCACUCUGAAGACAAUGGAAAGCCGCUACGACCUCGAGACGAGUGCUCGCGCGAUCGUUGCGAGGCGUUGGGACGCAUAA